AUUUCAUUGAUAAGAUGCAUAAUAUUUUUUGAAGUAAAUACAAUUUUAAUGUAAAUGAAAGAGUACAAUACACCUUUGAAGUCAUCAUUAUUGUGUAUCAUAGUAUUUAAAAUUUAGCAUUUUAUAAUGUCUCAAAGAUUUUUUGCAUUAUCUAAAAAAGUUGAAAAACUAUUAGUUAAUGGAAUUCGAACUGGUCGUUUAGACAAUUUUGCUAUACAACGUCACUUAACACUUCUUAGUAGACGUCAAGUAUUGCCAAGCUUAAGUUCAGUAAUCCAUCAAUGGACAAAUCUUUGUCAAAAACCACCAACUGGUUUUGAAAAAUAUUAUGACAAGUCUGAUAAAAAUAAAGAUGGUAAAAAGUCUAGUAGUAGCUCUGGAAGACCAAAACCAUCAUUAGAUAAUGAGUUUCGAAAAAGAUUAAAUAGAAUAUCACAAGGAUCUGGUGGUUCAUCAGGUGAUUCUGAAAGAGAUAAGUGGAUACUUUAUGGUGUUGCUGGAACAAUUACAUUAAUUAGUUUAUAUGCUUUUUAUAAUAUGAGUUAUAAAGAAAUAACAUGGAAAGAUUUUGUGAAUAAUUAUCUAAAUCGUCAUGUUGUUGAUAAAUUAGAAGUUGUAAAUAAAAAAUGGGUUCGUGUAAAUCUUCAACCAGGAUCUUCUGUCGAUGGAAAUGCAACAUUAUGGUUUAACAUUGGUAGUGUUGACUCAUUUGAAAGAAGUUUAGAAAAUGCACAACUUGAACUUAAUAUUGAACCAGCAAAUUUUAUUCCUGUGGUUUAUAAAACUGAGGUCGAAGCUAGCAGUUUUUCAGGAUUUUUACCAACUCUAUUAUUUAUUGGUUUCUUACUAUUUAUGAUGAGGCGUUCUGCAGAAAUGAUGACUGGUCGUGGUAAACGUGGUGGUUUAUUUGGUGGUGUAAUGGAAUCAACUGCUAAACUCGUUGAUCCUAAAGAUAUUGACGUUCGUUUCAAAGAUGUUGCUGGUUGUGAGGAAGCAAAGAUUGAAAUAAUGGAGUUUGUUAACUUCUUAAAAAAUCCUCAACAGUAUUUAGAUCUUGGAGCAAAAAUUCCAAAAGGAGCCAUGCUUACAGGCCCUCCUGGUACUGGUAAAACAUUACUUGCUAAAGCAACAGCAGGGGAAGCAGAUGUUCCGUUCUUAUCAGUGUCUGGUUCUGAAUUUCUUGAAAUGUUUGUUGGAGUUGGUCCAUCUAGAGUUAGAGAUAUGUUUGCUAUGGCUCGUAAAAAUGCUCCAUGUAUAUUAUUUAUUGAUGAAAUAGAUGCAGUUGGUAAGAAAAGAGGUGGUCGUAAUAUGGGAGGCCAUUCUGAACAAGAAAAUACCCUAAAUCAGCUUCUUGUUGAAAUGGAUGGGUUCAAUACUACUACAAAUGUUGUGGUACUAGCUGCAACUAAUAGAGUUGAUAUUUUGGACUCUGCACUUAUGCGUCCGGGGCGAUUUGAUAGACAAAUAUAUGUUCCUGCUCCAGAUAUCAAAGGAAGGGCUUCUAUUUUUGGCGUACAUCUAAAACCCCUAAAAACUAAUUUGGAUAACUUAGAUACUGCUAGAAAAUUAGCUGCUCGUACUCCGGGCUUUACUGGUGCUGAUAUUGCCAAUGUUUGUAAUGAAGCAGCAUUAAUAGCUGCAAGAGACUUAUCUGAUAAUAUAACUAUGAAACAUUUUGAGCAAGCUAUUGAAAGAGUAGUUGCUGGUAUGGAAAAAAAAAGUAGAGUGUUGCAAGCAGAUGAGAAAAAAGUUGUAGCUUACCAUGAAGCAGGUCAUGCUGUUUGUGGCUGGUUUUUAAAAUUUGCUGACCCACUGCUUAAAGUUUCUAUCAUACCUAGAGGAAAAGGGUUAGGCUAUGCCCAAUACUUACCAAAAGAACAAUAUUUAUAUUCAAAAAGACAGUUGUUUGACCGUAUGUGUAUGACACUAGGUGGAAGAGUUUCAGAACAAGUAUUUUUCAAUGAAAUCACUACUGGUGCUCAAGAUGAUUUAAAAAAAGUCACUGAAAGUGCCUAUGCACAAGUAGCUCACUUUGGUAUGAAUGAAAAAGUUGGCAAUGUUAGUUUUGAUUUACCACAACCAGGUGAAAUGGCGUUUGAAAAACCUUAUUCAGAGACAACUGCUCAUUUAAUUGACACAGAAGUAAAAGAAUUAAUAUCAUCAGCACAUAAACAUACAUUAGAGUUAGUCAAUAAACAUAAAAGUGAUAUAGAAAAAGUCGCUGAACGUUUAUUAAAACAGGAAGUAUUAAGUAGAGAAGACAUGAUUGAACUUUUAGGACCCAGACCUUUUGAAGAAAAGUCAACUUAUGAAGAAUUUGUUGAAGGGACAGGAUCAAUGGAUGAAGACACAACAUUACCAAAGGGACUUCAAGAUUGGAAUAAAAAAAACGAAUCGGAUAGUAAAUCACCAAAAGAUGAAAAAUAAGAAUUUGUUUAUAAGGAUGUUAAAUUCUAUAUGUAGUAUUGAAAAUAAUAUUGAACGAAAUAAGAUCAAUUAUAAAUUAUUUUCUUUUUGUUAUAUGCUUCCGUUCAUUUAAUUUUUUUUGUGAAGUGUCAUGUUAAUUACACUGAUAGGAAAAUGCCUAGCAUUUAUCAUUUUAGUUUGGUUAUUAAAGUACAUUACUAGCUAAAAAUUUUAUAAUUAGACUACAUUAUAUUAUAAUAUGAAUUGUCUUGUAUUAAAAACUAUAUUUGAUUGUCUGUUACAA